UGCGCCUGCUCUUCCGUGGCGGGGAUGUCCGGGCUGCCUGGAUGGUGUUCGAGGAAAUGGCUACAAGGGGCCCGCGACCGAACCUAAUCAUCUUCAACGCCAUGAUCUUUGGGUUCUGCCACAGGGGUCUUGUCCGUGUCAGUAGUGGACUGCUCGCCAUAAUGGGGAGGUUCCAUGUCGUCCCGGAUGCAUGCAGCUAUAACAUCCUGAUGAAGGGGCACUGUGUUUAUGGGCAGGCAGAGGAUGCCUUCCAGCUGUUUGACGAAAUGCUUGCAGCAGGUUGUUAUCCUACUAUUGUCACAUAUAACAUAUUGAUGAAUGAGCUUUGCCGUGAGGGCCGGAUGGUGGAGGCAAGGGGGCUGUUUGAUGAGAUGGUGCAGGCAGGAGUUCAAGUGAACACUAUCACGUUCAAUGUUUUGAUCGAUGGCUAUGCAAAGGCUGGACAGAUGGAUAAGGCUAACAUGGCCUGCUCAGAGAUGAAGGCCAUGGGAUUAAUGCCUGAUUGCUGCACCUUCAACAUUCUUUCUGCUGGAGCAUACAAGUUUGGGAUGACUGCGCCAUUUGUAAUUGAUCAGCAGCAGUUGCAUGAAAUGUUUGGUCCACAGUUGUUGCCAGAUGGAAUAGAUAUGUUAAUCUGUAGACUAUGUUGGGAUGGGCGAUUGGAUGAUGCCUGGGACCUCCUGCGUAGUGCUGUUGAGCAGGGUAUUCAAGUGAGCAUUUCAGGAUUUAAUGCGCUGAUUGCUGCAUAUAGCAAGGAAGGAUUUGACGAAGAAGCCUUUGAGCUGUAUAGAGUGAUGAAUAAAUUAGGUCUUGCACCAUCAUCAUCAACUUUGAAUUACUUGAUAAUGGGACUAUGUAAUCAUGGCAGACUUGAUCAGGCACGGCUGUUCUUAGAAUAUAUGGUUAAAAUGGGAUACUGUGUGAGCGCAUCUUUUACCAUCUACUUGGAUGCAUCCUUCAGAGUUGGUGAUGUAAUAGGUGCCAUGAAGUGCUGGGAUGAAAUGGAGAUAGUUGGCAUACAACCUGAUUUUAUUGCCUUCUCGGCAUAUAUCAAUGGUCUUUGCAGAUUAGAUUUUCUAAAUGAGGCUUAUAAUGGUUUUAUCGAGAUGAUAAGAAGAGGUCUUAUUCCAAAUAAUUUUACUUACAACUCCCUAAUAUCUGCAUUUUGUAGGACUGGAAAUAUGCCUGAAGCAUUGAAAUUAGAGCAGAAGAUGAGGCAGAAUGGCCUUGUUCCUGACAUUUUUACAUGGAACAUUUUAAUUGAUGGCUUUUGCAGAGAAGGGAGAUUAAAAACGGCUAAUAACCUUUUCUUUGGCAUGUACAGUACUGGUUUAACUCCAGAUGUUGUGACAUAUAAUACAAUGCUCCAUGCAUAUUGCCGCUCUAAGGAUAUUAAUGGUGCAAUGAUUUUCAUGGAUAAGAUGCUUGCAGAUGGCUGUGAGCCUGAUAUCUUCACAUAUAACAUUUGGAUGCACAGCCUGUGUAGCAAUCAUCUGCUGAAUCGAGCAAUGAAGUUACUGGAUGAUUUAGCUGCAAUGGAUUGUGCUCCUAACUCUGUUACAUACAACACAUUGAUGGAUGGGAUCUGCAGCGAUGUUCUAGAUCGGGCCAUGAUUCUGACUGGCAGACUGAUAAAAUUGGCUUUUCAACCCAACACUGUCACACUUAACAUUUUGUUUUCGCAUUUCUGCAAGAAUGGUUCUGGAAAGCGGGCUCUUGUGUGGGCUGAGAAGCUGAGAGAUGAUUCCUUCACUUUUGAUGAUGCUACGAGGAAUAUACUCGACUGGGCAUACAGGGAAAUGGAGGAUGAUCCUCAUGCUACCAAUGCAGACAUUGAUAAGUGCCUAUUUCUUGAGUUCUUAAUGCUCAUGACAUGCACAACUAUUCACAACAGCAGAUCCUUGAAGUUUACAAAUGUACCCAUAGAUACAGUUUUUGGUUAUUCUGGCAGCAAAAGUUUGGAUACCGGAUGAUAAUUGAAAUGUUGAAUUCAUAACCGCAUGAGCUGCUGGAUAGUUUUCAGGUCAUGGACAGUGCUGCUGCAGGAGUACCAUAUUCACUAUAGUGCUUUUCAUGACUGGCAGUGCAAUAAGAUGCAAUGGUUACUGAUCACUUUGCUACUCUCAAAUGGAAAGUCAGAGGUAUUUCAGAAAAAAGAUGGUGAUGGAAAACGAGGAGAAGAUUGCUGACAUGGGUGUUGUUUGUUCCUUGUGUAGUCAAACAUUUUAUGUAGUGAAUGAGAAACAAUCCUAAAUGAACUAACUGAUACCGACAUGCUGUACGAAGGAAUCUUUUGAAGAUGUCUGCUUAAAAAAGAUGCAGAUCUCAUGUUGGUAGUCACAUACUCACAUUGAAAAAUCUGGGAGUAUAUAUAGGUUAAGACCAUUUGAGCUGUGGUGCUAUAAAUGAGCCUGGAUCGUUAAACAAAUAUACACAUGUCAAUGGGGAUAUCCAAAUGGUGAGGGUUCAAAAUCAUUUUGAUAUACUGGCAUGGGUUUGGGUUUCUGAAGUAUUUGAUGAAGUCAGAGAGACCAAAGCAGUAUUUGAGUCAGUCACUGCUAAACCUUGUGAUCUGACUGAGAUAGAGCUGCUCCAAAGGCAACUGCACAAGGAGGUCAAAUGUAAGAAAAUAUUGCUUGUGUUGGAUGAUGUUUGGAAUGAGGACCCAAGCAAAUGGGAGUCAAUGAAACAACCAUUUUCUGCUGUUGUCGUACGGAGCCAUAUGAUCAUCACUACUCACGAUGAGAAUGUAUCCACAAUUUUCGGGCAAAUAAGGUCAUUCGUCUAGGUGGAUUGCCAAAAGAUGAUAGCGGGGCACUGUUUUGUAAAUUAAUAUUACCAAACAAUUCUUGUACAGAAACAGAGUUGGUACUGGUUGGGUGAAAAAUAGUUGAAAAGAGUAAUGGAGUGUCAGUAGUGCUGAGGACACUAGGUGCAAUGUUAAAUUUAGACACUAGCUUGGAGUUCUGGAAUUAUGUACUGAGAAGUGAUCUCUGGGAGCUGGAACCGGGAUGGGGUUGCACUUUGCCAAUUCUAAAAUUGAGCUAUUACAGUCUGCCUUUAGUUUUGAAGUGAUGCUUUACAUUUCUUGCUGCCUUUCCUAGCUGUCACAAGUUUGACUUAGAGGAAUUAGUUCAUAUGUGGUGUGCAUUGGGUUUCAUUCCAGAGGAUGGUGCAAAAUGUAUGGAAUAAAUUGGGCACUCGUAUGUAUAUGUGUUGGUUCAGAGAUCAUUUCUUCAGAACCUUCACUUGGCUGGUUCAUGGGAGAAGAUUGUCAUAGUGCAUGACCUCAUUCAUGACCUUGCUAAAUCAAUUGGAGGUAAAGAGAUCCUCGUCAAAAAGUGUCAUGACUCAUGAGUCAUCUGUUGGUGGAUGCAAUAAUAUUGCCAAUAAUCAUCUUUAAUAUUUAGCUGUUCUUUUGGAACAACACCCUUCUACUUAAAUACUUCCAGUUGCUGGACACUUCUCCCUAAGAUCACUGUUUUCUCAGACUAAAUAGAGAACUUGUCUCGAAGUGUUAGAAAUAACAUGACGAAGUUCUUUCAGGCCCGUGUGGGGGCCAGUGGUGUUAUAAUCAUGAAGGUUGUUUGCUGCAUUCACCACAUCUGAGGUAUUUAUAUAUCCUAGAUGUCUGAUCAAGUGAUCAGACCAAACUGGAUAAAUCAGUGGGGGUUCAUCAUCUCCGCUACCUUGGGGUGUGUCAAAGAGAAAUUUCAGAGGUUAUUUGCAAAAUGUACAAGCUGCAAACUCUACCAUCCCAGAAAUGUAACGGCACUGUCCAAGUAACCUGUGUCACCUUGUUCUUCCAAGAGAUUUCCCUUUCACGAUACCAUCAGGAAUCACGAUGGCCAAUGCAGGGAGCGGAGCUGCCACGCUGGAUGAAAUCAAGGGCAUUAACAUCACCCUUGACAGGAUUUGGGAAUCCAGGAAUGCAAUUCUGAGCAAGAAAAGUUAACUCGUUUGUAACUAGCGUGGAAUCCUCUGCCUUCCUACAAAAGCAUACCCCAUGAUGAGGCGGCGUUGGAAUCCCUGCGUCCUCACAACCUCAUCCAGCAACUUGUGAUUAGUGGUUUUAGGAGAUUGAACUUCUCUUCAUGGCUAGGAGACUGGUCCUUGUUUAGAACUGAAGCUGUGCAAGUCCUACCCUGCAGUGUGCCGCCACUUGGACAUCACUGAUUGUGGCAAGACUCCAUGCAAAGAUUCUGGCAAGUUUUGCACUUACAGCUUAAGCCAUAGAUGUUUUCAUGGAUCACAAAGGGACUUGAUUUCUAGCUGAGUUUUCUUGGAGAUGAUUAUACUGAGUUGGAGUAUGCAAUACUUCAGAACGAUGAGAUAUUGCACGAUGAAGCACUGAGACGAAAUCAUGGACAUGCUCCCUGAGCUACCAAUCCCUGCUGUUUGAAGAUGAAUCAACUGCAGAGAUUGCGAUGGGAUCGGCUGGUGCUCUGGACAAAGCUGAAGAAAACUCUCCAGAUUGUUGGAUAUAUAGUGCCGGUGGGGAGGACAUUUUCAUUUUCAUGUAGCUUGUGCAGUUGGUAAGCUCCAUGAUGUCAUGACAGUACUGAUGACGAUGGCUAGAAUUGAUGAUAAUGUGAUCAUCUAGUUAGUAGUAGUUUUCUUGCAAGGAUGGUUCUCUGAACUAACAAAACCACUUUUCUGUAUACACAAUUAUGAUCCUAUCCCUGCAUCCUUACAUGAGAUAUUGUUCUAUCUAUUAUGGAAAUGAAGGGAUAUUGUUAUAUCUAUUCUGAAAAUAAAUGAGAA